AUCUAUCGGCGUGCAUCUGUGGGCUUGUACUUGGUGUUGGUGUUCCAGCUAGUGUUUCUGUUGCUGCUCUUGUGAAGAAUGGUUGUGGGUGUCUAACACCGUGUUCACCUUUCACUCCUCUUAACAAUGUUAAAUUCCUCUAGGAAUUUCUAGCUAAUUCUGUUAAUUCUGUGCAUCGGUAUAGAGCUCCUAGGGCUCUAUGGUUUUGUGUGCAUAGGAGUGUGAGGUUGUAGUCCGGUGUGUGCCUUGAGUGUGGCAUAGGUUGUCUAUAUCCCUGACUGUGGAUAUUUCACUUUCUGUCCCCACCUGUCUGUGAGCAAUAACCUAUGAGCAUGAGCUGUAUCCCUCCAUUUUUGAGUCUUACUAGUAAUACACAUUUUUAUCAUCUUCCCAUGGCUGUGCCUGUAUAAAUGUACAGGUGUGUGUGUGGUGCAUGAAGCCACAAUGGGUAGUAAUGGGAUGUUUCUGAAAUCCAGAUGUUGAAGGAAUAAUGUGGAAGAGGGGAACCUCAAAUAUACUAAGCCCUUUGCCCUUCAUCUCAUUCUCAUUGACUUCAGAAGAACCAUAGAGUUUGCUUUUGGACCCUCUGGCUUACAAUUGCUUGAUUCUGACCUGAACCUGGCCUCCUGUGUGAACUCUCCUUGGCCUUCCUUCUCCUGUCUGUGGAGGCUGCCUGCUGCAGGCAGGCUUUAAGCCCAUUGACCCUGAUGUCAACAGAAAGAAAUGCAUCCUCAGCAGCUGGUCAUCUCCUGGUUUUCCCUGGUUUUGCUGGCACCUCCCCUCAUGGCCAUAUGGGAACUGGAGAAAAACGUUUAUGUUGUAGAGUUGGACUGGCACCCUGAUGCCCCCGGAGAAAUGGUGGUCCUCACCUGCAAUACUCCUGAAGAAGAUGACAUCACCUGGACCUCUGACCAGAGCAGUGAAGUCCUAGGCUCUGGUAAAACUCUGACCAUCCAAGUCAAAGAAUUUGCAGAUGCUGGCCAGUAUACCUGUCAUAAAGGAGGCGAGGUUCUGAGCCAUUUGUUCCUCCUGAUACACAAAAAGGAAGAUGGAAUUUGGUCCACUGAUAUCUUAAGGGAACAGAAAGAAUCCAAAAAUAAGAUCUUUCUAAAAUGUGAGGCAAAGAAUUAUUCUGGACGUUUCACCUGCUGGUGGCUGACGGCAAUCAGUACCGAUUUGAAAUUCACUGUCAAAAGCAGCAGAGGCUCCUCUGACCCCCAAGGGGUGACUUGUGGAGCAGCGACACUCUCAGCAGAGAAGGUCAGAGUGGACAACAGGGAUUAUAAGAAGUACACAGUGGAGUGUCAGGAGGGCAGUGCCUGCCCGGCUGCCGAGGAGAGCCUACCCAUUGAAGUCGUGGUGGACGCUAUUCACAAGCUCAAGUACGAAAACUACACCAGCAGCUUCUUCAUCAGGGACAUCAUCAAACCGGACCCGCCCAAGAACCUGCAACUGAAGCCAUUAAAAAAUUCUCGGCAUGUGGAAGUGAGCUGGGAAUACCCUGACACCUGGAGCACCCCACAUUCCUACUUCUCCUUAACAUUUGGCGUACAGGUCCAGGGCAAGAACAACAGAGAAAAGAAAGAUAGACUCUCCGUGGACAAGACCUCAGCCAAGGUCAUGUGCCACAAGGAUGCCAAGAUCCGCGUGCAAGCCAGAGACCGCUACUAUAGCUCAUCCUGGAGCAACUGGGCAUCCGUGUCCUGCAGUUAGGUUCCAAUCCCAGGAUGAAACCUUGGAGGAAAAGUGGAAGAUAUUAUGCAGAAGUUUUUAAAGAGACAAUGGAAUAAGCCCCAAAAGUUAUUUUCUACCUAAUUUGCUUUUUGCAAAGGUUCAUUAUAAUGUCUUUGUAGUAGUUUUACAUUGAAAUGCCAAAUGCCCACUGAAGCAAUUAGCUACUUUAUUUAUAGAUUUUCUAGCUAGCAGGUUGCCACUGACCUUAAUGCUAUUUAAAUAUUUAAGUAAUUUAUGUAUUUAUUAAUUUAUUGUUAUUGAACACUUCUGUGUCAAGAUGUAUUGUAUGUUUCAUACUCUCAGGACCUGAUCUGUAAGGAAUAGGCCCUAUUAUGCAAAAUGUGAAUUUAUGUGUUAUUUAUACUGACAACUUUUCAAACAAGACUACAAGUGCAUCAGUUUUAUGACAACCAGUGAGAACACAGUGUUCUGAUGCCAGCACCAAUAAUAUGUUUGUGAUGGAUGGGAACACAGAAACAGUUAAACAGAAGCACGGAGACAUGAAUCCAUUUGAAAAGGUUCUGGUGACCGAGAUGUUAGUUCCUGUGUCCAUGAAGAUUUCCUUGAGGUGGUGUUGCUAAAGCAAUUCAGGACCACCUGCACUUCUAAGCAAGUUCAGUUGUUUUAUUUUUGUUGUUGGUGGUGGGUUUUUUUGGGGGGGAGGCAGUUGGAUGCCUGAAUUUAGAAAGGACUAAAAAAAUAACUGAAAUUGAAAUUCAGCUUCAGCUACCCUGGCAGUCCCCACCUCCAUCUAUCUGUAAGACAUCGGAGAGUGACCCAGAGACAUUGUAAGUGUCUGGAAAGUAAAAAGGUCUUAGGAUCCAAGAGGGAGAACAAGUAUAGUACGGCCAAGCAAACAAAAUUGUCAAAACUGCCAGCUGCUUUUUAAUAGCCAUGCAAGAAAACACAGAGUUGCAAAGAAAACAAUCAAGAAUUGCUUACUCAUCAGCAUGAGUGACCCUGACUGGUGGAUAUGACCGGACAGUGCCAAUCACUAAGGUGCUACUUUUAAGUAAUGAAUGUGCUUUCUGUAAAGUGAUUUCAUUUGUUUUCUGUUUACUUAUUUCUGACAGUGAACUAAUAAAAAUAUAAUUCUUCUUUGCAAUAA